AUGGCACCGUCUCAUCUUCUCCUGAGGCGCCUCAAGUACUCUAAACCACUCUCCCUUUACCCCUUGUCCCGAUUCCCAACCUCCGCCGUGGGAUUGUCCACCGCCGCCGACUCCGCCACCCAAUCCGCCCCCGCCGCCAAACCCCCGUCACUCUCCGCCCGCAUGAGCUUCAUCUUCGAUCAAAUCGACGAAAUCGACAGGAAACGCGAGGAGAAGGACGAAUCCCUGCAGCGCAUACGCGCUUGGCGCGAGUCGAAGAAACAGCAGGAAGGUUCGGUCGGGAAGACGACGGCGGAGGAUCUGAAGGCGGAAUUGGAGAAAAGCGAAGCUCUAUUGUCCGAUAGAGGUGGUGCUAAGAGAGAGGUGGAGCUGGUGCACCCGUGGCCUGAGUGGGUGGAGCUGAUGGAGAGGCUCGUGCAGCAGAAUUACUUCGAUCACAGGAGGAAGGACGAAGAUGGUAUGAUGGAGGGCCUCGGAUUCGACGUGCCGGAGGCCACUACCGAGGAAGAUAACAGGCGGCUCGACUUCACCCGGAAUUUCAAGACCGUACAGUCUGCGAUUGUUAAUUUCGGCCGCGACCGUUUUGAUAUCUUGAGGUCAUUGUCGAGACAGGAUCUUCAAAUAUUGGUGGGUUAUGGAUGUCCAAGUGCAGAUAAGAAGGUUUCAUAUUCGGGCAAACUUUUGAGGAAACAUGUCCAUUUGGAUGAAGGAGAUGUUUGCAGUUCCUGCAGUCUGAGAAGCUCUUGUGAAAAAGCAUAUUUGCUCACAAAUAAAGAGGAUGAAGCUCGGACAAUAGACGUCAUGCGUAUCUUACUUGCAUAUGGUUUUGAUGCAAUUGAUGGAUCGGUUGCAAACAAACCAUUAUUGAAAAUGAAAUCGGUGAAGGCAGUUGUUAGAAAAUUGAUCCAUGAUGUAGUCAAGCUGAGUGCAGUCCCGAUAGAUCCAAACCUUCCACCUCCGGUUAUUAAGAAGCCUCCGCCGAAGGUGAAGCAACCACCUCCGCCUCCGAAAAAAAGAAUUGGCCGAAGAGACGUUGAGAUGAAAAAGGGGGAUUGGCUCUGCCCCAAGUGCGAAUUCUUGAACUUCGCAAAAAAUACUGUAUGCUUGCAGUGUGAUGCUAAGCGUCCUAAGAGACAGUUGCUUCCAGGAGAAUGGGAAUGCCCCCAGUGCAAUUUCUUAAACUACAGGCGAAACACAGCAUGUUUCCACUGCGAGCACAAGCGUCCUCCCGACACAUAUGCCGAAAAUCAGUUCGUCGAGAGUGAUCAUCUCGGCCCCAGAACAAAAACAGACCACCGUCUACCCAACAGGCGAGAGGAUGUCUCCAACGCGUGGAAUUUCGAUUUUGACGACAACGAAUCUGAUGGGGCUGAUGUCGCCACCUUUGAGUACGCCGAUUCUCAGAAAAUCGACGAGGAUUUCCAGCUCGGCAGUCGGGCUCCUCCAAAGGCUUUCGACAGGGAGUAUCAUCCCGACUCGGGAACCGGGAGAUCUGGGACGGGAUUCAACGAUUUUGAUGAUGAAGAUGAUGAUAUCGACAAUUACGAGGUAGUUUCCCAGAAUGACGCGCACAGGACGACGCCUAAGAUAGAUUUUUCGGAGCUCGAAGCUGACUAUGAAUCUGAAGAUGUAGAAACAAGAGAAGAAAAUGAUAAUCGUCGAGGCCCGUCACGGGGAAAGAAACAAAUGCAGCGGAGAAAAACAUCUUUCACUGAUUCUGAAGAUGUUGGAGUGGGCUUUGACACUGAUGAUGACCUGCCAGUUCACCCAGACUGGAAAUCGAGCCACGUCAGCAACCAGAGGAGGGGAAGAGGAGAGAGGCGUCCAUUGACUUUUGUUUCGGAUGAUGUCAAUGAUGAUGAUGACGAUGAUGACCUUGGGUUCGGCUCGGAUGCUGACGAUGAAACCUUAAGGUCUACAAAGAGAGUAAGUGGAAGGGGAAGCUCCGAUGGAAUGAAUAUCAGGAGAGGAGGUAGAUCGGGCUUUCGAGGCCAGUUUUCUGAAUCGGGACCUGAUGAUGAUGAUGAUGACGACCUUGGGUUCGGCUCGGGUGCCAACAAUAAAACGUUAAGGUCCAUAAAGAGAGGAAACAGGAGGGGAGGCUCGAAUGGAACGAAUAGUAGGAGAGGAGGAAGAUCUGGUUUUAGAGGCAAGUUUUCUGAAUCAGGAUCCGAUGAUGAUGAUGAUGAUGAUGAUGAUCAUGAUGUCAACAUAAGGUCCAGAAAGAGAGUAAGUGGAAGGGGAAGCUCCAAUGGAAUGGAUAGUAGGAGAGGAGGAAGGUCGGGUUUUAGAGGCAAGUUUUCUGAAUCGGAAUCUGAUGACGAGCCAAGUUAUCGUCGUAAUAAUCAAAGAGAUAAAGCAGGCCGUGGAGGCGGCAUGGCUUUCAGGAAAGGCUCUCCGAAAAGAGAUUUUGACUCGAACCCGAGAAGAAACAAUAGAGGAGGCAGUCGGGAGAAUUCGUUUAACGAUCAGUCGAGGAAUUUUAGGGAUGGUAACUCAUCAAGAAAGUUUCAAAGCCGUGGUAAACAAGGUAAUAAGUCAUUUAACAAGCACGGUGGAGGAGGAGGAAGGUCGAAUUAUCCGUCUGACAGUUGUUUGAACGACGAACGACACCUAAGGCCUAGAGUUAACGUGCGAUGA